AUGCAACAAAGCAGCAGAUGUUCUACUAAGGUCGUGAAAUAUUCCAGCUUGGUAGCGUCGUUGCCGCAUUCAAGGUUGCGUCAGCUUAAGGCGAUAAUGCCUAAACUUACUCAUAAGGAGGAAGAAGCGAGGAAAAAAGAAGAAGAGAGGAGGCUUAUUGCGGAAAAGGAGGCAGCAUCAAAGGCUGCUGCUAAACUGGCUGAACUCCAACGUUUGCGAGAAUUGGAAAUUGCGGAGAUAAAGUUCCGGAAAGCAGAGCUUGAUGAAACGCGCGAACUGCUAUCGAGGCACCAUCAAGCACUCGAUAAAAUUCAACGUGAGAGGGCGGAUGACUAUAUUUGGUACAGAUACCUUCUUUGUGAUGGUCUGCCAAAUCCUAUCAUUGAAAGGGAGAUCAACACCUACAUGAGUCUCUGGCGGACAAAUGAGGACCGUAUUUCCAUGGAAGACGUUAUGGUUGAUAGUGUAAAUGCCAUGAAGCUCAUCGAUGAGCUUCAAACACUCAUUGCAGAUUUGGACGAAAACUACUCUGAGUUAGAAAGAUAUCGUAAGGUCAUGCAGGAGUUGCGAGAACUUGUUCAAGAGAAGGUGAACAGAGCAUGUGUUGAAACUCUGACUAAAGCCAGCCACUAUGCUGAUCCAGAAACUGCCAACUUGCAGAAGUACUGGCACAAUAAUUGGCUCUCUCUGUGUAAGUUGUUUAGUGAACUGGCCUUGUGCAAAAUUUUUACAGAAGAAAAAGUGUCCUCCAUUACCACCAUUGAAGGUGUUCGAAAAGGCGUGGCGGACAGUGCGGUAGCGGGAUUGAAUGGCAAGCCAACAGGUGCGGAGGACGGGAAGGAAAUAGGGAUGGCUGGGAAGUUGGAGGUGAAAGAAGAGAACAUGAAAGAGGAGAUGCGAGCAGCGGGUGAGAUCGAAGAGAUGCAGAAGCCUGCUAAUGGAACUAAUGCUACAAAAGUCGAUACAAAGUCCUCCGUGAACAUUUUCGACCUUUUGAUCGAGGAGCAGAAAGAAGGGGUAGUGGAAGAAGAGCAUAAAGAGGAAGAGAAGGUUGUUGAAAUACCAGAAGAAGAUCGUGCGGAAACUCCAACCAAGCCACUGUGGAGUCCUAUUCCCCUGCCGGAGGACGCAAUCGACCUCUGCGACUACCACGUGGUGGGUGGCGUCUUCCAGUUUGAUCUGCUCAAACUUCCGCGUCAGCCGCGCAUGGGUCGGGGAUGGCGGUGGACCAAUUGCGUCGUGCCUCCCCUCCUCACGCCUUUCGAGUAUAUAGUCGAUACGCCUCAGUUGGAGGACGAGGAGACAGAGACAGAGGAGGAAGGAAAGGCAGAAGAGGUAAAAGAGGGGCUGGAGGGACAAGAACAGGAGGAGAAAGGUGGUCAGUCACAAGAAGAGGGGACUGAGCAAACGGUCGCGGAAGGGGGAGAGGUCACUGCUGUCAACACCGAUGGAACCAGUGUGCCCGUAGAGCUUGAUACUGACGCUCCCUUGGAUCUUCACCCGUCUGCAACUAGCAUAAAGCGGAUUGAUGCUCCAGAGCCGAAUCCACCCGUGGAAGUUAAGCUACGCUUGCCCGACUGCCUCAUCAUCCCUGAGGAGCCCGUGCUAGCUUGUUGGGAUCCUGAAAAUUUGAUAUGGCGAACCAACGGAGUUGUCAUUAACCAGUUUACUCCAGAGCUAAAUGAGAUUUCCUUUAUAACGGCCGUAUUCGGUACAUUUGCUGUCUUUCAGGACUUUUACCUGAACAUGCCCUUCCAGCACUGGGAAAUGAGACCACUCCCCAGGAGGGUCAUCAAGGCACAAACGGAAAUAGCUGAGGUGGCGGGGACAAACCCUAGCGACAAAGACAUGGAACCUCUACCUUUAGAUUCUUCGGCCCCACCGGAGGCAGCUAAUACGGCACAGCAGCCACCGCAACGAGCCUCUCAAACGAACUUGGCACCUCAAGCACUGCCACCACCGCAGCCGCCCGUAUCGGUAGCUGCAGCGGCACCUCUGGAGAUCGCGGCGGCGGCAGCGAGGGGCGACGAGGUGACAGUGGCCACUGCGAAUGGGGGUGCGGCGGCAGCGUCCCCGUCACUCCAUCCGCCACCGCAGAUGCCGGCCCAACCAGACGCCCUCGGGCCCCUAGACUCCAUGGGUGUGCCAGAUGAGAUUUUCCUCGCUGACAAGACCGAGGCUGACCAGUGCCUCAUUACUAUCACCGGCGCCUAUAUUCGUGUCCAUCUCCAUGUGCUGGACGACCGGGUGGCCAUUUUAGCGGAGGACCCAAAGGCGAUCCUUGACCCCUUGAAGAUGGCAGAGGAGGAGGCAGCAGCGGCAGCAAAAGCGGCUGGAGUGGCCACGGCCCCUACCGCCACCUCCGAUGAAGCCGUUGAUGAGGCCGCUGUCACCACACCAGCCACUGCGCGCCGACGUCUCGGCGGUGGAGGAGCGGCGGGACCGCGGGCUAGUAGGGUCGGCGCAGCCAUCGGCGGCGCUGUCACUGACGAGGGGCUCGGUGGGCAAUUGGAAUUAGAGCAUCUCACGGGGCGGUGGUUCACGCCCGACGAGCUCACCUGUGUGCUCACGGCCUCGGGAGUCAACAUCUUUCCCCGGCCUGACUCGGGCACGCGUGUUGAGUGUAUUGAGAAGAACCCACUGACAGAGCAGAGGUUGUACGAGCAAAUGGCCCUCCUGAGCCCAGUGAUGGCCUUCGGGUGGUCUCAUUGGAACUCGGCGUGCCAGGAUCCCAGCAGCAUAAUUCUUGUCGGUGCCGAGCAUCUUGACGAGGACGGACCUGUCGACGAGGAACGUUGGAGAGUGUACCUGAUGAACCGGAAAUACGUCUACCAGCUGCAGAUUCCUGAAUCUGGGGACAAAUUUAGGCCUGACCCGGAACCAACUCUCCACCGUCAUGCUGAUUUUUACCACAUGUACAUGGAGAUCGGAUCAGACAAGGGGAAAGAACGUGUUCAAGGGAUCCAAAGCCGCUACUUCAAAACCGUACAUCGGAUUCUGAAAGCAAUAAGACUACCUGUUUUUUCAUAA